AAAAGUACUACGAACAGGCUAUUCUUCUCCUUAAUACAUGGGUUUUGGGGGGGCACAAGGUAGGAGUAUGACUCUGACUUUAUGCACCAUAUGGCCUUCAAUCCUUUGUUCUCUUUUGGGACUCAGGAUAUUCAGCUUUGGCCAAACCUGGGUCGUGAAAAAAAAGCUCUAUCAUUUAGUUUAAUCAGCCACUGAACACUCUCGCUGCUUUUUUGAUCUUUAGAUGAGGGUCGGGAGCGUUGGAUUUUUCUGGGAAUGUUGAAGACUCAGCAUGCUCCUUGUAGCACGCUUGUAGGUACUGCAGGGUGAAACAGUAGGAUUCUCCCACUCAUUCUGCCUCCUCUCCAAUGGCUUUCAUGAGUGUCACCUGGAUGGAGGUAACGCAGAUUGACUUCUGUCCGGACUCCCCCAGCCUUACGGCCACACCACCCACUGAUAUAAAGAUGUGCUGGGAUGGUGAGGGAGAUUAGAUGUCCAUUAAGGUCUUUUCCCCCAAAAUUUAAAGGUAAAAUAGCUAUGCCUCCAGUUUGGCUAUGUUGGUCUAAAAUGUGAAAUUCUAUCUAAAUUCACAUUAAAUUCUCACUUUAGUGAACAAUCUUGUAAAUAUUUUUUCUUAAAUAUAUAUUUGCUAUAUGUCUAUGAUUUCCCUAAUGAGUAGAUGUUACAGUUAAGACCUCACAGGGUUAACUAUCAGCAAGGUAAAGUUCACAAUGACCAAUUCCCCGCACCCUGUGAGCUAAAGAACAGAUGAGUUUCAGUUUCAUUUCUCUUUGCUGUUUUCCAGGAUGGCGUCCACUGAUCUGAGAGAAGAGUUAAACUGCUCCGUCUGUCUGAGUAUUUACACGGAUCCGGUAAUGCUGAGCUGCGGACAUAAUUUCUGCCGGGUCUGUAUUGGGAAUGUGCUGGAUACACAGGAGGGAGCUGGAGUUUAUACCUGUCCUGAUUGCAGAGCAGAGUUUCAGGAACGUCCUGUUCUGCAAAGGAACCUGAAGCUGUGUAACAUUGCAGAGUGUUACCUUUCAGCACAGCCAGAAAAAGAAGAUUCUGGGAUAUUCUGUACUUACUGCGUUCACACUCCUGUACCUGCAGCUAAGACAUGUCUGCACUGUGAGGCUUCCCUGUGUGACGUCCACCUGAGUGUACAUAGCAAGUCUGCAGAACAUGUCUUAACUGAUCCCAUUUCUUCCCUGGAGAACAGAAAAUGCUCCGUCCACAAGGAGCCUCUGAAAUAUUACUGCUCUCAGGAUACUACCUGUGUCUGUACAUCAUGUAUGAUUCUAGGGGAACACAAGGGACAUCAAGUUUGUACCCUGAGUGAGGCAUCUGGGAAGGAGAAGGAGAAAAUGAGAAAUGUUUUGGAGAAACUGACCCUAAAGCUGGAGGAAACUAAGAUAAACCUUCAGAACCUGCAGGAGCGCAAGAGCGAAGUACAAGAUAAAGUUGCCGGGGUAACUGAGAGAGUCUCUGCUUUUUUUCGUGAUAUCAGGAAACAGCUGGAAUCCCUAGAGAAUCGAAUCCAGAGUGAGAUCUCACGGCAGGAAGAGCAGAUCUCACUCGGAGUCUCGGAUUUAAUACAGCGACUGGAAAUAAAGAAGGAGGAUCUUACGAGGAAAAUGGGUCACAUUGAGGAGCUGUGUAACAUGACAGACCCACUAACUGUCUUACAAGGAUGGCAAGCAGACAGCGCUGACUUUAAUGAUACGGAGGAUGAUGAGGAGGCAGACGGAGAUAAUGACACACAAGCAGACAGCGCUAAAUUUAAUGAUACAGAUGACGAGGAGACAGAUAGAGAUAAUGACACAUCUUCUGCUGUAGGGGAUCUGGAUGAGGUUCUGGUCUCAUUGACCUUGCAGCGUUCAUUGAAUGAUGUCAUCGAUGAUGUAAUGAUAAUGAACGGACUCCAUGUGCCGGUGGUUUCAGACCUAUUAUUAGAUGUAAACACGGCUGCUAAUGAUGUAUCUGUGUCAGAGGAUUUAAAAACAAUAUCCACAUCUAAUGUAAAGCUGAACCGACCACAAAGAUCUGAGAGAUUUCUUAAUUAUCAGGCUUUUAGUAAAAGAACAUUUUUGUCAGGGCGACAUUAA